AUGCCUCCAGUACGGCGUCAAGUCAUUACAAAAAAAGAAAAGAAAGAACUACGUGAUUUCUACUUUGGGUGCGUUGAAAAACCGUCGCAACAAAAGUUGAUGGCUUGGUUUAGAGAAAAGUAUGAUAAAGAAUUGUCGCAACCGUCGGUUUCUCAAAUAUUAUCAUCGAAAUAUGAAUUUCUUGAUGAAACGGGCUCUGAAAUUUCCGAUACACCCAAUACUUUACCCGCGAAAUAUCCUGUUCUGGAGAGUGCUCUUGUGGAAUGGAUCCAAAGAACACAAAAAUCCGAUAUUGGCAUAAAUGAAGAAGUUAUACGAAAAACCGCAUGCGAAUUUUGGAAAAAGAUCCCGGCGUAUUCAAACUUGCCAACCCCAGAAUUUAGCAGCAAUUGGCUGAAAAGGUUUCAAAAGCAUCCUUCUAAUCCCCAUGACAAUGUUAAACUAGCUGAUACAGACAUGAUUUAUGAAUUUGUAAAGCAUUACGCCUUGGAGGAUGUAUUUUCAUUCGACGAAGUAGGACUUUUAUGGAAGCUCGUUCCAAAUAAACCUCCUUCUGUCGAAUUUAUACACGGCAUCCGUCGCGAAAAAGCGCGCGUUUCUAUAGCAAUGUGCUGCAAUGCCCUUGGUACAGAAAAAUUACCCCUAUGGAUCAUUGGCUACUCAAAAGAACCUCGCGCAUUCCGUUCUGCGCGUGUCAAUAUCCAUGCCCUUGACGUCGAAUGGAGAUCAAAUGGUACUGCUCAAUUUAAUAAUAUUAUAAUGCAGGAGUGGCUUAUUUGGUUCGAUCAAAAAAUGUCUGGUAGAAAGGUUUUACUUCUUUUGGAUCGGCUUAGCGCACAUGAAUGCGCCGUAGAAAACAUUCGUCGUACUAGAAGUUUUCAAAAUAUAGCCAUCUUAUGGCUACCAAAAAGUUCCAACCUGACACAAAAUCCGUAUUCUAUGGGCAUAUUUCGUAAUUUUAAGGAAUGCUAUAGAAAUUAUUGGCUCCGGUAUAUGAUGGACCAAGUCAAUCUUGGUCAUGACCCUAUAAAAGCUGUCAAUAUACUAAAAGCUAUUCACUGGAUGGUUGCUGCAUGGAAUUUUGAUGUUUCCAGUUCCUCAAUUGCAUUUAGUUUUCAACGUUCCGGCUUAAUAACCAUAAAAGAAAGUUUUUCUGACGUAAAACUCCCAUCUUCUACAAUACAAGCUUCUGAAAAACUGAAAUCUUUGUUUUACCACUUUACAGACGUAAAAAAUCAGUCCAUCGAUCGGUUCAUAGAUCCUGUCGAAGAAAGCGUCGUGGAUGAAGAUGCUGAUGUUACUGACCAAAUUGCAGCCGAAUUUUUGAAGGACCGUGAUUUCGAGAGUGAUGAAGAAGAAGAGUACUUUGUAUCUAUUACAAUAAAGGAAGCCAUGCAGUACAUCAGCAUCCUACAACAAUUCGAAGAACAACAGGAGAUGCCAAAUCCUGAGAUUGUGAAACAACUCAUGUACUACGGCAAGCUUUUGCAAGACCGACAGGAACCCAAAAAUUUGUAA